GUUGGUAGCAUUUCCAAAAUGUCAUUUUUGGGAUACGUCAACUACUAGUCCGGUAAAUAAGUAACUUAGAAUUGAAAAUGCUUUUCUUCGAGUUCUCCACUUUUCUCUUCCUUUUCGCCAUUUACGUAAACGCUGAAUGGAACACAAAAGACUUCAUGAAACGGGAACACAGUCUAAUCAAGCCAUAUUACGGUUCGGGUAUAGAAAUUCCAUUCUGGCAAUUCAUGGGGAGCACAAUAGUGACUCCUAACUACAUACGACUCACGCCUGAUCUCCAAAGUAAAGUAGGAGCCAUUUGGAAUUCUGUGCCCGUAAAUGUGCGUAACUGGGAGCUUCAAGUACAUUUCAAGGUGCACGGCAAGGGCAAGGACCUCUUUGGAGAUGGGUUUGUGAUUUGGUACGCCAAGGAGAGGAUGAAAGAUGGACCUGUUUUUGGAAAUAAUGAUUUUUUCCAAGGGUUAGCAAUAAUUCUAGAUACAUAUAGCAAUCAUAAUGGACCACAUAACCAUCAACAUCCGUACAUUUCGGGUAUGGUGAACAAUGGAACACUUCACUAUGACCAUGAUAGGGAUGGCACACAUACUCAAUUGGCUGGUUGUGAGGCACGGUUUAGGAAUUUGGGUUACGAUACACAUAUUGCUAUUAGAUAUGAAAAAGACGUACUGACAGUUUCGACUGAUAUUGAGAAUAAGGCGGCAUGGAAAGAUUGUUUCCAAGUUAAGGGGGUGAAACUACCCACUGGCUAUUACUUAGGGUUGUCAGCAACCACUGGUGAUUUGUCAGAUAACCAUGACAUUAUGUCAGUGAGAUUAUUCGAGUUGGAUUUGCCUGAUGAUCCUCAAGCUGAUGAAGACAGAUCAAAUAUCCUCCCUUCGGCCACUUUUUUCGAGCCCCCCCGUGAUCACGUUGAAGAUCCAAAGCCCUCCUCGCUUUCUGGGGUUAAAGUUUUUCUUUUAAUGCUUAUUGGAAGUAUAGCAAUAGUAGCCUGCGUGGUUUUGGGCAUAAUGUUCUAUCAGAAACAUCACGAGAAGAAGAUGAAGAGGUUUUAUUAAUAACUUUACAUGGGUGCUUGCUACUCUUUUCAUUUUGACUGAGUUUUUUUGUUUAUGUUUAAUAGGUUCGUGGUUUUCUUUAGUCUGUUAUUUAUUAUGGUGUAAAUACGUCAGUUUUAUGGAGAAAAUGUACAAACCAUUCAAAUGUUUAUAUUUUUUUUUGUUUAUAAUGUUACAACAAUUUACAACAUUAAUUUAAGAAAAACAUACGUAUGUAACACAUAA